CCAAUCCCCACCAGACUAAAAACCAAAAAACAGAAGAAGUGCAUAGUUCCUUCGACACCACUACCAGCAACCACCCCCAUCAUCCUUCACAGUAACAGCUCUCCGUUUUUCUCUCCGUUCUCCGAUAAUGAAACGACAUGCAGCUCCUUUAACCGUCUUGUCGUUCUCGUGCCUCCUUAUCCUCUUACUACCAAUCCUGACCGUCGGAUUUGCUGAUCGUCUACAAGCAUACGACCCACAUCCCAGUCUGCUCAAAACGGCGCUGCAGCAAGAACAAAAACCAGAGAAGAUAAAGAGCCUUCGGGUACGGGAAGGGGCACCGUUUAAGAUCGCGCUCUUUGCUGACCUGCAUUUUGGAGAGAACGCGUGGACUGAUUGGGGCCCACAACAGGACGUUAACUCCAUCAAGGUCAUGACCUCUGUUCUCGACGAUGAAUCACCAGAUUUUGUGAUAUAUCUCGGGGAUGUAAUAACGGCAAACAACAUACCGAUUGCAAACGCAAGCUUGUAUUGGGAUAAAGCAAUAUCUCCAACGAGGGCAAGGGGCGUACCAUGGGCUAGUGUCUUUGGUAAUCACGAUGAUGCACCAUUUGAGUGGCCAAUGGAGUGGUUUUCUUCUGCUGGAAUUCCUCCUAUUCAUUGCCCUGCACCUAACGCAUCAUCAUGCUCAGGGGAAAGGUACUGUAGCUUUACAGGCACACAACGGAUAGAGCUAAUGAAAAAGGAGAUUGAGCAUAAUCUCCUAACGUUGUCUAAAAAUGGCCCGAAAGAUUUGUGGCCAAGUAUAUCCAACUAUGUCCUCCAGCUCUCAUCAUCAGAUGAUCCAGAGUCACCAGUUCUGUUCAUGUAUUUCCUAGACUCUGGUGGCGGAUCCUAUCCUGAAGUUAUUUCAAAUGCUCAAGCAGAAUGGUUCCAGCAUGUAUCGGAGGAGAUCAACCCUGAUUCAAGGGUUCCUGAGGUUAUCUUUUGGCAUAUACCAAGCAAAGCUUACAAGAAUGUGGCUCCCAGGUUAAGGAUCCACAAGCCUUGUGUUGGUUCCAUGAACAAAGAAAAAGUUGCUGCUCAAGAAGCUGAAUUCGGUAUCAUGGACAUGCUAGUUAAACGGUCUUCUGUCAAGGCAGUAUUUGCAGGACACAACCAUGGAUUGGACUGGUGCUGCCCCUACAAGAAACUUUGGCUAUGUUAUGCUAGGCAUACUGGUUAUGGUGGCUAUGGAAAUUGGCCUAGAGGAGCUAGAAUUCUGGAGAUUAAUGACCGGCCCUUCUACAUCAAGUCAUGGAUAAGGAUGGAAGAUGGAAAUGAACACAGCCAAAUUGUCUUGAGUCCUUGACAGGUCACCUCUGUAAUACUACUGUCAAUGGAGAGGAAAAAACCUCCUGUUAUCAACUUGUGUGUAAUGGUGGUAAUGCUCUUUUCCCCACCUCUUUAUUUAAAGAAAUUCAGCCCCAAA